CAGUUUAACACAUUCAAACGUAUAGAGGCAAAAUGAAGACUGAAAGAGAUAACUGAUAGUAAUGGAAUCAAAAGUGUAAAACAUUAGCUUGACAGGGACAUUUCUUCUACUUAAAAGUCAAGAUGCACGGGAAGCACCAACUGCAAUACACAUACAACGUGGAAAAAAUACAGUUGUUUCCGGUAACCCUACGUGUUGCGUAUGCCCAAACGUAUGCAGGCUGUGAUGACGUUAUGGUUUCGUUUCUUUGACGUCUGAAGUGAGGCCUGUCUUUAGAAUGGGGUGAAGUGUUUGUUGUAAGGAGAUUUCUUUCAGAAACGCCAGAAUUAAUGGAGUCCCAAGUCAUGUCUUAUAUUGAAGGCAUUGGUGAUGAGGUCACUGUUGCAUUUGGAGCUCUGCUGCUUGUCCUGUCACUGGUUCUGGCUUGGGUGUCUACAUAUGUGGCAGAUCGAAGUGACCAGUUAUUGGGAGCGAUAAUAACUGUAGCUAACUCUCCUGUAGUGGGACUUGGUGUGGACAGAUACGUUAGCAGUUCUGCUUCUGCAAGCACGUCUGAGCCACAGGCAGGGUUGGAAGACACAGAAGACAAAUCUGAGGAAGAAGAUAAUGUUUCUGAUUCUGGACUUCAGAGUAACAACCUUCAGGGUGAACAGGCGUCUGGUGGAAGUAUGUCUGACUCGAGCCUUGAUCACUUCUUAAAUAUACAGGGUUUACACAAACGAACAGUGCCUUCUAGUGAACCUCAGUUAGCAGAUAGAACAGCUACGGAAGCAAGUCAUGGCACUGCUGACCUUGUUAAUCUCAGUGUAGCCAGGAGUGAGCCUGAUGUCAGGCCAAUCAAAGUGCGGCUUAAGUUUCUAAAUGACACUGAAGAAAUUGCCAUAGUAAAACCUGAUGAUACUAUUGGAUUUGUUAAAAGCAAAUAUUUCCCUGGACAAGAGCAACAGAUGAAGUUCAUUUAUCAAGGUCAGCUCCUGCAGGAUCAAGGUCGGACCUUAGGGUCGCUGAACAUCACUGAUAACUGCGUAAUUCACUGCCAUGUCUCCCCAGUGAUCCCAGCUGCUACAAAUGAUGGAGCACCAAACACUAGUUCAAAUGGAGUGUCUAUUAAUGUUGGGAACCUGAUGAUCCCGGUUUUAGUGUUCAUGCUUGCAGCUAUGUGGUAUUUUCGAAUUAAUUAUCGUCACUUCUUCACAGCACCGGCUACUAUUUCUUUAGUUGGUAUCACAGUCUUCUUCAGCUUCCUUGUGUUUGGAAUGUAUGGACGAUAACCAGACCACAACAUCAUCGCCAUUAUAAUAUGUGCAAUUUUAAGCCACAAGCUGUGCUAACUAGCACAUUGUGGAUACUUUUAGAAAGCUACUGUUUAGUUUUGCUUUUGAUAAGAAGCAUUUUGCAUCUUCUUCAGCAUUAGGCCCCUUAAAGCAGUGUAGAUAAUUUGCCAGUCAUUAAGAUGGGGGUUUUACAUGAAACUGGUAAUUCUUGAGUCUCAUUGCACAAGACAAGCCAAGAACACAAAGUAGGGUUAAUUUAUUAAGUCUUCUGACUUGAAUUGCUUCAUGAACAAAGUCUUGGAAGUCAUUAGUUGGUUUGGCAAGUUGGAGUCAGUUGCUCUGAACUUAUCAGAAGCUAAACUAAGCUACUGUGAGAACAGGGUUUCUUUUAAAUAAGGCAAUAAAAAAAUAUUUGUUUUUAUAUCUGCCAGCCUGUUUUAAACGUGCAACCCAUUUUUUUCUUUAACAGAUGUAUUACCUGUGCCACAGUGUUAACUAGUCACAGCACCGCAACACCAGAGUACUGAGCACUCAGUGUGCUUGUGGUUUUAAACCCCCCAAAUGAGAGCUUUGUGGAAUUGGCAGCAGCCUCUUAGGUGUGGUAUUAUGUGGUACUCAGCAGUAUUAGGUUAUGUAUCUUUGAACUGGUUAAUUCUUGUCAGACAUUUUCAGUGCACCACUUAUUUAUAAAAUAAUGUACAUUAAAGUUUUCUGUAUAACACAGGACUAUAGAUUUAGAGUAAACAUCAGGAUUAAAGACUUUAUGUAGCCUGUGCAGUUCAGUCAGUGGUGCUGAUAAAUGUUGAAAAUGAAGACGGAGAUUACUAGGAAGUAAUUCCAGUUACGACAUUUGAGAAUCCUUAAAUCUUUAACAAAAGCAUAACUACAAGAUUCCUGACUGCAGCUUAUACUGUAUACUCAGACAUAUUUAACCAAAUAGUUUUACAGUAAUAAAAGUCAGACGGGACUUUGUCCUCCUUUUUAGAUUGCUCUUGGAUGCGAGCAACUCCUGUCCUUGCAUCUAGUCAUACUUUGAUUUCAGAAGACACUCUGUCUUGACAAGUGAUUUAUUGCUUCACUAUUCUUGAUGGGGGUUUGUUUACUGUUUUUAUAUUUAUUUUGAAGUUUCUGCCAAUUUUAAGACAUGGGUCAUGGCUGAAAAAGAGUCUUCAUACCAUCCCAUUCAUCAGAUAAAUAAAUCAAUAAAUAAUUGUUCCUUUCAGAAAA